ACCCUUUCGUUCUGCACAAGACAACUACUACAACAAAACCAAAAACCAUUCUCUCUCCAAUUUUCUUGCUAAACAAGAAGUAACACACAUUCUUUCUUUCUAUCUGGGUUUCAUCUUUUUCAAUCCAUGAUGAUGAUGAUGAGACAACAAGGUGCUAUGAACAACACUGCAAUGUUUUUGGCAAAGAAAGGCUUGUUAGGUGCUGAAACUGUUCCUAACAAAUGGGGUUCUUUGGUUAGAGGAACUUCUCUUGUCAGGAAUGGAAGUACUUUUGCUCCUAAUCUGUCAGAUCAGAAAGAGGACAAGACUCCUCCUUCAAAGGGUAGUACUGGUGGUGCUGGUGCCGGUGGUAACAAAGAUGAAAAAGGUAUUAUGAGUUAUUGGGGUAUUCAGCCUUCUAAGAUCACAAAACAAGAUGGUACUGAAUGGACGUGGAAUUGCUUUAGGCCAUGGGAGACAUACAAAGCAGAUGUUACUAUUGAUCUGACUAAACAUCACAAACCAACAACUUUUCUGGACAAGCUGGCUUAUUGGACUGUUAAGAGUCUUAGGUACCCAACUGAUAUCUUUUUCCAGAGAAGGUAUGGAUGCCGAGCAAUGAUGCUCGAGACAGUAGCAGCUGUUCCUGGCAUGGUGGGAGGAAUGCUACUUCACUGCAAAUCAUUGCGCCGAUUUGAGCACAGUGGUGGAUGGAUCAAAGCAUUGCUAGAAGAAGCAGAGAACGAGAGGAUGCACCUAAUGACUUUUAUGGAAGUAGCAAAACCGAGAUGGUAUGAGCGUGCUCUUGUCAUUACUGUCCAAGGUGUUUUCUUCAAUGCUUAUUUCUUAGGCUAUUUGCUCUCCCCCAAAUUUGCACACCGUAUGGUUGGCUACCUUGAGGAAGAAGCUAUUCACUCAUACACUGAGUUUCUUAAGGAGCUUGAUAAAGGCAAUAUAGAAAAUGUUCCUGCUCCAGCCAUUGCUAUUGACUAUUGGCAGCUUCCCCCAAACUCUACUUUAAGGGAUGUUGUUAUGGUUGUCAGAGCUGAUGAAGCACAUCAUCGCGAUGUCAACCACUUUGCAUCAGAUAUCCAUUACCAAGGAAGAGAGUUAAGAGAGGCUGCUGCUCCAAUUGGUUAUCACUAGAGUCCAAUUUGUUGGUCAACAGUCAAAGUUUUCAGACUCAAAUUCUGAAGUCAUUUUGGCUAUAAACAAAAAAGAAUAAAAUUGCUGGUGACUAGUAGUAUUAGUUGUUUUAUUGGUUUGUCUAAUGAUGCCAAUGUAAAAAAACAGGGUGGAAUCUUCAUUUGUUUUGAAGUCAUGAGAGUAUUUGUAAUUCCACUGUACACUGUUGUGCAAGUGGAGUUAUACUAUAUGAUAUUUCUGAGAGCUCCAUGGUGAAUUUUUCUUAAUGAUUCCUUUGACAUAUUUUUAUAUUUGACCAAAACUUCCAUUA